AUGGGGGAUUCACAACAAGGAAAUAACAAAGGAAAGGGCAAAGAGAAAGAUAACUAUGAAUCUUGGACCAUGGACGAUACCAAUGAGUUGUUGCACCUCUUGGUGGAUGCUAUCAAUAGUGGAUUGCGUGAUGCUAAUGGGUCACUUAGCAAGCAAAAUGUAGAAAAAGUGAUACUUCCUCAUCUUAAUGCAAAAAUUAGGUUUCCAAAAACUUAUAAUCAUUACUUGAGCCGAAUGAAGUGGUUUAAGAAGCAAUAUAACAAGAUGUCUACGCUUAUGCGUAACAACUCUGGCUUUGGGUGGGACCCAAUUCCAAAGACGUUCACUGCUAGUGAUGAAGUAUGGAAAGAUUACUUGAAGUCUCACCAAGUCACAGUAAACUUCAAGAAAAAAGUGUAG